AUGGUUUCAGCUUUGGUUGAAUUGUUCAACUACCUACAAGCUGAUAAGAAAUCUUAUGAAAUAUUGAUAAAAGAAGGAGAAUAAGAGAAAUUGAGUGGACUUUAAAACCCAGCAUAUAACAUAAAUGACAAGAUUCAACAAGGUUUGAUAACAGAGGCUGAAAUGAAUUUGAUUUCAUUGAAAUCUGAAUUAGUUAUCAUCAGAAAUAAAAUAAGUGACAGUAAUGAACAGAAAAGAUUUUUAUUCUUAUAUGAUAUUUAACACAGAGCGAUUUCAUUUGAGGUUCGUGAUACCCUUUUUAAUAAUUAAAAAUAUAUUUAGAAAAUUUAAUUUUAUCUUUAUGGCAAAAUAAUGCGUUCAUCAAAUCCGCUCAACCUAAAGAUCUUGAAUUCAACAAUAGUCACAGAUUACAUUAAUGAGGGAAUCAUACUACUGUCUGAUUGUAGCUAAAGACAAAAUAAUUCUUAUGAAGGAGAGAUUUUAUUUUCAGGUUUAAAGGUAGUCGGGCAAAGAUAUCUCGUGAUGCAGCAACCGUUGAUCUACAUAUAAACCCUUUAUAAUGUCACUGUAGACAAUUCUGAAAUAAGAUCAUUCUCUUCAAUCAAUGAUGCUAGCAAGUAACAACUGUCAAUUGAAUCAACGAGCUUGUGCCCACUUAAUGCUGAUUAAAAAAUCAAGAAAACAUAGCUCACUAAUAGUUACAUAUCAUCUGAUGCCAUCAAUGGAAGGGACUAAGCUUAAAUAUAGUAUAAUGUUAACUGUGGAUAGAGAUCAGACUUCAACAAGCGAAUUUAGUAGUGUAUUAUUGAGAAUUUGACCUUUGAAAAUCUCUAUUCUGGAGUCACUUUGCUAUAUUUAUCUCAAGGUGCAUCAAACUUAACAAUACGUAACAUCACACAAAACAAUGUAUCACUUGGUCCAAUUUAAGCAAUGCAUUUCUUCAUUACAGGAUUCACUACAUUGAAUAUGAUUGAUAUAAAAUUUUAUAACUGUGAAACUCAAGGAAGAGUAAUAGCCACUGGCUUAUUUACUUAUACAUACAUUGAUAAACUAGUUAUGAUAAAUAAUACAUGUAAGGAUUUUUAUUCAAAUUUAAAAUCAAUAUUAGUGGAUAAACAGAAAAAUGGUUUGUGCUUCAUUAAGAGUUCUUCUAACCCUACAAAUGCUAUCUAUUCAUUUAACAACCUAUACUUCAAGAAUAAUAAUAUUAACUCAAAUUAAAGUAUGCUUAAUGCAGUUGUUCAUAUCUAACUAUUUCGUAGUGUUUUAAUAAGACUAAAAUAUUAGAAAGUUCAUUAUCAUGAAUUCGGUAUUUGA